AUGACCUCACCGCCAUCGUUUGCGGGCCCGCCAAGAGCAGGUUUGAAGCCAAUGCCCAAGUGGGAGGUGGAACUCCUCAAGCAACCUCCUCCACAAUGGGUGGUUAAAAAACGAGUCUCUCGUGGGGAAGUUGUCCGCGGUGUCCCUGGUGAGACAGAAAAAGGCAAAAUGGAUGUCAAGCAGGAUGACAAUGGGUAUGACAAUGGCGACAACAAAGGGGCCUCAAGCAACGUUGCGCCUCUCAGUAAGGAGUUUCUUGAUGGCCUUACCUCGACCAUGCAAGGUGCCAAUGUCUCAUGGGCAACACUCAACAAGCACUACCCAGAAAAUGGUUUGCGCUUUAUCUACCUCAAUUUUGCAGGGAGAACCAAUGCCAACAUCAAUUGCGCCACAAUUCCCCGUCUGGCAGAUGACCUCUGCAUCAACAAAAUUAUCAGUCGCGUCGACUACAUGGCAGCCUACGACUUCUCUUUUGUGCAGACAGCCUUCAGAAACAAGGGUGACUCGAGUGCCGGGUGGGACCAAGCCGGAAACCUACUUGCAGCACUAGGAGGCUCUGUUAUGCAUACACAUGGCAAGCUCUGCAAGGAGUGGCCCAACACUUCCGAAUAUAAUGGCAUCCUCAAAGGCAACAAGCGCAAGCAGUACGCCUUGGUCACUGAACAGAGAUUCCUUGGCUUUGCCAUCUACGGCAAGGGUAAGCAGGCCCAGCAGUCUGGGGAUUUUGCGGAGGCCACAACAAUGAGCGGCAGUUGA